AAUUUCUUUUUCAGGCCUUUCGUCGUCCUCCUCCUCCAGAGUUGUUCUGACUAUGCAGCGGAGUCUCUGCAGAGAGAAAAACAAAGAAAGCAAAAGCAGCGAAAAAAAAAAAAAAAAAAACUUGCGACGCUUCCGAAAGUCAAAGAACAAACCCUAAAAUCUUCUCGUUUUCAUGGCAAAUUUCUCACAUUCUCGGCAUCCAAACCGGGCCACGGCGGCUCUUUCCAAGAAAAUUUGCGGCAAUGCGGCUGGUGGCUUUGUGCCAGCAAAGACCCUUUACGACGAUGUUUACGGAGGUCCUCCCAAGUUUGGAGUCUCUACUCUAUCUCCUCGAAUGGAGGAUUACAGUGAGAUUUUUGGUAGCUUUCAGGCUUCCCGAGCUACGUCGAUUCCGGUGUUGGAUCUUCCGGCGGUCGAUGAAGCGGAGGUUUUUUUCGAUGUCCGGAGCUCUAGUUUCGACUAUGCCGAGGUUUUUGGAGGGUUUAAUGGUCUAGAUUUCGCUGUAUCAUAUGAGGAGUUGGUCGAUCAAUCUAAGGGCUUCGAUGGUGAUUCCUCCGACGAACCUUGGUCUCCUGCCGAGUUUGAAUCUCUGUCAGAAGAGUCGGAAAUUUCUGGCAAGGAUCGAUCCUUUUCAAAUGGAAGCCCUCAUCACUCGCUUGAUGGCAGCACAGAGUUCAAUAUAUCUUAUCAUAAAGCUAAUCAAAUGAGCAACGAGGACUUAUCAAAUGGGAUGACACAUGUAACUCAACUUCAUGCUGUUCCUGGAUUCACUGUCAUGGUUAAUUCACCAUUGCAACAAACAGAAGAUAAGAGAAGACCCUUGCAAGAGGCUGACGAUAGCAAUGUCAAUAUGGAUUUUAGUGUUGAUAAGCUGAAGGCGAAGCAUCUUAAAAAAACAUUGUCGCAACCCCCUAAUGGUAGUGCUGGCGGACAUGCAUUUGAAAAUGAUCUUAGACCUCAGAAAGGGAGUGAUAAUUAUGGCUUUUUCCAAAGAGAUUCGUUGGUAGGUAUUUCUGAAAUUAGCCUUCGAACUCAGCCAUCCGAAUUGCCUCCACCUUGUCGGCCACCUCCUCUGGUAGAUGGCGAGAAGGGAGAUUCCAGUAAACUGGUCUCACGUCGUAAUUGUUUUACUUCUGAAGGAUUCUCAGGAGAUGAUUCGCCACCUUUCUUUGAUGUAGAGGUAGAUGCCAGUUCAUCUGCUGCAGUCUCUGCUGCCGCCAUAAAAGAAGCAAUGGAGAAUGCUCAAGCAAAGAUUAAAAGUGCAAGAGAAUUAAGGGAGAAGAAAAAAGACGGGCUCCAAACCAGCUCUAAAUCAGGUGCAAAAAAGGAUGUGAAAGGGAAGGAAGGAAAGAGAGGUAAGAUAAUUGAUGGAUCCAUUAGAAUAAAUGACGAGAGUAUGAAGGGCACUUGUGAAGGAGAAGACACUGGAUCAACUCUGUUUGUGACGGAGGAGAAGCAGAAGGUGACUACUAUAGGCCCUGAAGUCCCAGAAUUUGUAGAAAGAGAAAAAACUUACACUGCUGCUGAGAAAUAUGCAAAAGACACGUCUGAGAAGGAAUCAUGGUCAACUAGAGGACCUUAUACUAUUGACGAAUCUAGUGAAUGGAAAAAGGCAACCGAAUUUUUUGAGUUGAUAACAACAGAUGAAUCUAAGAAUGCUCUUGAACAGGUAAAUAGCAAGAAUACUGUUGUGCAGAAUAAGAUUCACGAGCAUGGGUGGUUUGAGAAGGCAACUGUGGAUUCAUUUGAUAAGCACUCAGAAAAUGGUAGGAAACUAAAAGCAGCUGUGGAAGAUCACGAGCUGGAAAAUCUUGAGAAGAAACAAGGCACAAAAGAGUCUCGUGGAUCUGAGGAAAAUCAUGUGCAGUCAAUAUCAAUGGAGGAGGUAUGUGAGCAAAAGGAUGGUGAGAAUAAGAUAAAAGUAACCAAUGAAGUUUGUGAAUGGGGAGAAGACAAGAACAGCUUUACAAUAGCCAAACAGCUUCUGGGAACCAACAAAAGAAGUGGAGGUGAUAGAUCCACUAAAGUGAGAAAAACAUGGGACAAGUCCAAAGUUGAGCUGACUAUAAAGCAGAAAGAGGACGAUGAGACAUUGGAGGCUGAUAAAAUGAUUGAAAUUGAAGAAAAACACAAGCUUUUCCACGAAAUUGUAGACAAUGAAGAUGGGCAAAUGGAGGCUUUUGAACAGAAUAAAAGCUUCAAAGGGGCAUUUGACCAAGAUGAAAAUGAGAAAAAAGCGCAGAAGGAUCUUGAACAGGUGGAAAAUCAGAAGGAGUUAAACCAUAUUUUUGAGAAAGUAGAGAGUGAGAGGAGGCCUAAAGUAGCUGUCAAGCAGCAUGAGAACGGAAAGGGAUUGAAACAGUCCCUUGAACAGGAAAUAAACAAGAAGACACAGAGACAAGCUCUUAAGCUGGAAGAAGAGAAAAGACGUGAAAAGGCUCAGAAAAGAGAAGCAAACAAGAAUGUCCAUAAUUCUGUUAAUGGCAAUAAAGAGACUAGAAAAAACAAGAAGGCCUGUCAACAAGAAAAUAAUGAGAAAAGAUUCACAGAGGGUCGGGACAAAGAAGAUAGGGAAACAAAACUGUCAGAAGAAUCUGAGGUGUUAGAUACUCAGAACAUGCCAAGUGGGGUUAUUGAGCAGGAAAAGACUAAGCAGGUGCUUAAAGAUGCUGUUGAUGGAGAAGAUGAGAAGGAUCUAGACAAGGAAGAUGAAGGAAAGGAGCAGAUUGAAAAUAAUAAGGAAGUAAAAUUGGCCAAAGGAGCUCAGGUGCUUGUGGAGGAAGAAUAUCUACCGCAAUCUGAUGUGGAGCAUAAACUGGAUUGUAGUGAGAACACUCAAUCAAGCCAAUCGUCUUGCGACCUUGAUAAAAACAGUGAAAAAGUGAAAACAACUCAGGGCAGCUUUGCCCAUGAAGAAAGUAGUGAUACAAGGACUGAAGCCUGGGAUAAUGAAAUGCAACCAGGGGCAGUCGGAAGGAAAAAUAAAGUCACUGAUAAAACUAUCAAAGCACCUAGCAUGGCUGAGAAGUACUUCAGAAUGGAAGGUGCAGGAAAUGACUUUAAUUUGGAUAGCCCUGUGAAGAAAACAAGUGGGGAAAUAAAGAUUAAACCAAAAGUUAGUGAAACAGAAUUAGAAGCAUUUGAAAUAGAAAUUAUGCCAAGCGGCAGUGAAAAAUUGAAGGCAGUUGGCAAGUCACAAGGAAACUUAGAACAUGAGAAGAACCAAGGUAAAGUGGAAGAUGCCUUUGAGCUGCCUCAUCUAGACAAUCGAGUGAAGAAGGUAGGAGAAUCAGCCUCUGUUAUUGGACAACCUAAUGCUGAGAAAAUCAAGAGUUCCUCUCAGGUGGGAUCUGUUUCCAAAAAUCAAGAGAAAGAAUUUGCUCGUCAGUGGAAGGAGAGAGAAGAUUACUCCCAGGCCCAAGCUACCUUGAAUCAGGAAGAAAAGAAAAAAACAGUGCCAAAUCAUCUGGUGAAAGAAAACACCGAAGAUAAGAGAAAAACAGAAGCAGUCCAGCCACCUAGGCCUGAAGAGAAGCAGAGGAUUCGGAAUUCAGUACAGCAGGGUAAUGCAAGCCUGACUGCAGAGAGAAAGGAGAAGACAUCUAAUGAGGUAGAAACUGAAAGGAUGAAAAGAGAAAGAGAGCUAGAAAAUGAAAGACUAAGAAAAAUAGAGGAGGAGAGGGAGAGAGAAAGAGAAAGAGAAAAGGAUAGAAUGGCUGUUGACCUAGCAACACUUGAAGCUCGUGAAAGAGCAUUUGCAGAAUCUCGCGAGAGAGCAGAAAGGGUUGCUUUGGAGAGGUUAACAGCUGAAGCUCGUCAACGAGCAAUGUCAGAGGCUCGUGAAAGAUUGGAGAAAGCAUGUGCAGAGGCCAGGGAGAAGUCAUUAGCAGGGAAGGCAGCUAUGGAGGCUAGGAUCCGGGCUGAGCGUUCUGCAGUAGAGAGAGCAACUGCUGAGGCUCGAGAACGUGCUGCUGAAAAGGCAAUGGCUGAAAGGGCUGCUUGUGAGGCCAGAGAACGAGUACAGAGAUCUGUUUCUGAUAAAUUUUCAGCUUCCUCAAGAAAUCAUGUGUUGAGACAAAGCGCUUCAUCCUCUGAUCUCCAAGACAGCUCACAGGGGCACCUUAGAUAUCAAUAUUCCUCAGUAUAUGGUGAUAGAUUUGAAGGAGUUGAAGUUGAAUCAGCUCAAAGAUGUAAAGCUAGGUUGGAAAGGCAUCGUAGAACAGCUGAGCGCGCGGCAAAAGCUCUUGCAGAGAAGAAUAUGCGUGAUCUUCUUGCCCAGAGAGAGCAAGCAGAGAGAAAUAGAUUAGCAGAAACUUUGGAUGCUGAUGUCAGGAGGUGGUCAAGCGGGAAAGAAGGAAACUUGCGUGCCCUGCUUUCAACUUUGCAAUAUAUCCUCGGGCCUGAUAGUGGUUGGCACCCAAUUCCCUUAACAGAGGUUAUUACUUCUGCUGCUGUAAAGAAAGCUUACAGGAAAGCCACUCUUUGUGUUCAUCCUGACAAAUUACAACAACGUGGUGCAAGUAUUCAUCAAAAGUACAUUUGCGAAAAAGUUUUCGAUCUUUUAAAGGAAGCUUGGAACAAAUUUAACUCGGAAGAGCGGUAACUCAGGCCCUUACUUUACAAUGCUGUAACACUGCAACAGCAUGUAAUUCUAUAAAGCUGUAAGUAGAUAUAGUCUUAUGUGCAAUUUUUCCUUAUUUUACUAAUUUAAGUAGAUUAUGAAUGUAAGCUUAAAAGCUCAAAGAAAAUAGUUGCAGGAAAUCCAAGUAAAUGAAAUAUGGUUGGCCCCUUCUUUUC